AUGAGAAAACACUCCGUCGGGUUACAGCGAUCGGCUUCCUUCCUCCUCCUCCUCCUCAUCCUCGCCGUCGGCCAGCUUCAAACGCCGCCGCAUCGCAGUCGAUCAGUCUCCACCGUCUUCCCUUACAUCAAGUUCUCAUCUUCAAAAGAUGGCAUGGCUUGUGGUUACUCUUUCGGUGAUUGUAAAAAGAAGAAUGUGAUGUUCGUUAUCGCACAUCCUGAUGAUGAGUCAAUGUUCUUUUCUCCGACAAUAAACCACUUAAGUUCCAAUGGCUACAAUCUUCACGUAUUAUGCUUGUCCACUGGUAACGCUGAUGGCAUGGGAAGGAUUAGGAGUGAUGAGCUACAUAGGGCUUGUGCAGUGCUUAAGGUUCCGCUUAAACAAUUAAAGAUUCUGGACCAUCCAAAUUUACAGGAUGGUUUUGGGCAAGAAUGGAGCCAAAAUUUGCUUACGAAAAUCAUUGACGAAGAAGUCACUAAUCACAACAUUCACAUGAUCAUAACAUUCGAUGGCUAUGGUGUUUCGGGUCAUUGCAAUCACAGAGAUGUGCAUCAUGGAGUAUUAAAGUUCUUGCAGACUGAUUCAGGAAGAAAUGUCAAAGCUUGGGAACUCGCAAGCCUUACUAUUUUCCGCAAGUACUUAGGACCUAUCGACAUUUGGAUGUCGAUUUUAUCAACCAAGGGAGAUACGAGCAGGGCAGUCAUCAUAAACGAGCAGCCUCUGAAAAGCUUUGAAGCAAUGGCACAACAUUCAAGCCAAUGGGUUUGGUUCCGAAAGCUUUUUGUUUCGUUUUCAAGCUAUACAUACGUGAAUACACUUCAAAGAAUCAAAGCUUGA